CCAGCCCUCUCCUCUCACAGCCGGCCACGCGGGGACCGUCACCUCCUGGGCCGUUAACCCUCGCGGCCGUUGCCCGUUGCCCGUUGCCCCCGCGCCAGCCCGUGGCGCUUCCACCCACCGGAAAGCCCUUGCGGUGCUUUCCCGCCUGACCCGCCGAGCGCGCGCGGGGCGGGGCGGGGCUUGGUGCCGCUCAAAUACGGGCGGAGAGGAAGCGGGGAGGUGUUGCGCUGCUGUGUUGCUGUGCUCGGCUGAGCCCGCUCCUUUCCGAGUGACAAAGUCAAGCCCAGGAGAAGGUACAUCCUUUCCAGUUUCUUAGCCCUGUCAAAUCCCAGAGAAGAGGACCAGAGGACUUCACUCUCCCCAGCCAGCACACUCUUUAGGGUAGAGGGCAAGGACUUGUGGUCUGAAGCAGAAGGUGGCAAGAGCUGAUCUGUCUCUGAAUCUAUCAUGGAACAGAUCAAUGGAUCUGUCCAGAUGGAGCGUGCACUGCUGUACAGUUUCCUGGAGGCAUCCUCUGACUGCAGGUUCAGAGAUCAACUGCAGUUCCUUCAAAGCCCAAGGACUGCCUAUUUCCAAGGUGGCUUCUACAAUGAUGAUGAGGUUGAACUUCAGACUGAUGGCAAUCGGAGUGGCCACAUGCAGAAUGGUGGGCUAGUGUUUGACCCUGAGGUAAAUGAAGAAGUUAUCCGCAUCAUUGCUGCUCAGCUUGCUGAGAUUGGAGACCAGUUUGAUAAGGAAAUCAAAGCAAGAGUAGUAAAUGAUCUAGUUCAGCAUUUUCUGAAUGAGAAUCUGUCUGCAGAGGAGAUAACUCGGCGCAUGUCAGAGGCGGUGGAAGAAAUUGUACGAGCCAUCCCCUCAGACAUGGAAAAGGAGAAGGCCAUGUUGGUGAUAGCAAUGGUCUUGACUAAAAAAAUUGCAAAUACAAUGCCCUCCCUUCUACAGCAUGUCUUUAGCACCACCGUGAACUACAUCAGCCAGCUCCACAACUACAUUGUCAGAAUGCUGCGUGAGUAAGCUCUCCAGCCCUAUGUGGGUAAUGUGGAUUCCUGAAGACUUUUCUUGGUGUAUGCAAAUCACUUUUUCUGUUCUUAACUUCUGAGAUACAGCUGUGAAAGAGAAGGUAGAGCUUGGUAGGUAGGCUUUUGUAGACUAGCACAGCAAUUAUAGUAGUGUGAGCUCUGUGUCAGCUCUGCCAGCACCUGUAAGGAGUAGCGCUUGCCCUCUCUCAUCUUACAAUAGCAUUUUUUUUUUUUAAUUUUUUUUUUUUUUUAAUAUUAGCAGUAACAGGCUUUGUGGAGACCAGGGGAAAUGCUGUGAGCACAAAGCUGGCACUCAGUAUUUUUGUCUAAUCAGUGGUAGCAUUUUGCUUUGUUUUUCUCUUCCCAGCCCUGCUCCUGGUGCUGCAGCUGAGCCAUGCUGGCUGUUAAGUGUUCCCAGGAAGGCCUCUGGCUGUAGAA